AUGCGCUGCAACAUUGCUCUGGCCUUCGGCCUCGGUGCUUCCACCGCCAUGGCUUCCAGCCACUUCAAGGCCGCUGCUCGUCAGCCCGUCUACCAGCGCCAGGCUCCUGGCCAGUCUGUCAGCUCUGACAUUCCCGGCCCCUCUUCUGUCGCCUCCUCCAUGGCUCCCGGCCCUUCGGGUGCCCCCGCCAACCCCGGCACCAUCGGUGGCUACUCUCUCCUCGGCUGCGUUGGCUCCGACGCCGGCUUCCCCGGCUUUGUCCUCGGCGAGUCUUCCGGCGCCAUGACCAACGAGCUCUGCAUUGCCUCUUGCCCCACUGGCACCAAGUUCGCCGGUACCAACGGCCGCGACUGCUACUGCGGUGAGGAUCUCGGCACUGCCGAGUCUGUCGCCCCCGGCUCUUGCAACAUUGAGUGCCCUGGCAACGCCCUCCAGUCCUGCGGUGGCUCCAUCGGUGGCGGCGUCGCCAAGCGCCAGCUGCCCCUGAGCAUCCUCCUCACUGUCUACGUCCUCGUCGAGCCCGUCCCCGGUCAGGGCACUGUCACUGUCACCGGCACCACCACUGUCACCGACACCGUCACCACCACCUUCACUGGCUCCGCCGGCUCCGUCGUCACCGCCACUCAGACCAUCACUCGCACUUUCUGCCCUACCUGCGGCCCCUGCCAGGGACCUUACUGCCCCAAGCCCCUCCCCACUCCCGGCCCUGACGCUCACUGCUACGGCGAUGACUGCUUCAAGAAGAUCGUCUGCUUCGGUGGCUGGUGCACCUUCGACUACCCCUGCUUCGGUGACUGGUGCAACAAGCGCGUCGUCUGCCACGAUGACCGCUGCCGCGCUGAGGAGUGCUACGGAGACGACUGCCACAAGAAGGUCUGCUGCACUGGCGACUCUUGCAAGUACGAGACCGACCGCCACUCCGAGGGUGACUACUGGAACAAGAAGGUCAUCUGCUACGGCGACCACUGCGAGGAGGAGAAGUGCCAUGGCGAUGAGUGCAAGAAGAACUACGUCUGCCACGGCGAUGAGUGCGGCCACGAGGCUUGCCACGGCGAUGAGUGCCACAACACCAAGGUCUACUGCCAGGGUGAGGACUGCAAGCCCGAGGAGGAGUGCCACGACUGCAAGCCCGCUCCCGUCAAGCCCUGGACUCCCGAGGACGAGAAGACCUGGAACAACAAGCACACCGCCGAGUACCCUGCCCAGCCCCAGUACCCCGGCCAGCCCCAGCAGCCUGCUAAGCCCGUCACUCCUGUCAACCCCGCCAAGCCCGUCACCCCCACUGGCAACGUCUACCCCGAGGGUGACCACGUUGUCGUUGCCGGUGCCGAGAAGGCCAUCGCCAGCUUCGGCGUCAUCGCCUUCGCUGCCGCCGCUCUCUUCCUGUAA